AUGAACAUAUUGACUUUUUUUUUUAUUUUUUUAAUCUUUUUUUGUUGUUUGAAUAAGGAUUUCAAAAAAAGUUUUUUAAGAACUUUAAAAUAUUUUUUUGAAAAUAUUUUUUAUCAAGAUUGUUUCGAGCAAUAUUAUAAGUUUAUAAGUAAGCCUGAAAAAAUUGAUUCAUUUUCUUUUAAUGAAAAUGGUCAAAUAUUGCAAAAUAAAGAAGCAAAUAAAGUAUAUUUAAAUGAUGAUAUUUUAAAAUUAACGAAUCUAAAAAUUAAUUUAAAACGAAAUUUUAAUUCAUAUACUCAUUUAUAUAGUUAUUACAAAUAUUUGACUCGUUCAAAUAUAAUAUUACAUUUACAUUAUAAAAGAAAUAGAUCUUUAAAAAUAAAUAUUAAUAAUGCUAAUAUUUUUACUUUUCGAGGAACACUGUCAUAUCUAUCAGGUGUUAUUAAAAAUGAAAAAAAAAUUUUGUGGGCUUUUAAUGUAGAUGAUGUUAUUGUGAUUGUUAAUGAUGUAGAAAAUGAUAAUCAAUCGCAAAAUAAAUCAUUUAUUAAUUAUAUUGGACUUAAUUUUGAAAAUAUUAUUUGUUCAAAAAAAAAAAGAAUAUUAUCCUACCUAUAA